AAUCAAAAAUAUCCUAAAUUCCAUGGAGGCGUAUAUGUUUAUAAAUAUCAUCCAAACUGAGACCUUUAAUUUCAAUGAGGAAACAAACAGAAAACGCUAAAAACGAUUGCAUAGUUUGACUUUGUCUAGAAAGAGCAAGAAGAAGGAUGUGUUUGGUGUUCGUGUGCGAUCAAGACGAGAGGGUGAUCGGAAGGUACGCAGCUCCUGGAGCGUGUCCGUAUUGCGGCGGAGCGGUUCAAGUGGUUGACGUUAAUAGCCAAUGGAGAUUCUGUUUCGUUCCUCUCUCUAAUAAAAACAAACGUCGCCAUCUCUGUUCCACUUGCGGUAAACGCCUCGUCGUCCAUGGCUGAAUGAAACCACCCAAAAAAAACCCUCCCACUUUCUCUAGGAGAUCGUUUCUAUUUAUGUAAAUAUCCAAAUUUCUGACUUGCUUUGUGUAUCGUGUUUGUAUACGUUUGUAACAAAACAAAAGAACAUGUCUACUGUUCUACGAUUUCUCAGUUUAUGUAUGAAUCAUGAUUAUGAAUA